AUGGAGGACUGGGCUUGCUUCUAUUGUUUUCUUCUGGGUGCCGAGGCAUGCCAAGGCAACGAGUACGGACAGCAUGUGUACUCCUCUGCUGCGUGUGCCAGGACCUACCUGACACCCGUCGCUGCCUUAGCGAAGGACCAUCCUCUGAGCAUCAAGAACCCCCCAAAAAGAGUCGCCGAGGAUGAGCUCUGUGGCGCGAAGUGUCCGCUUUGCGGCACCUCAGCUGCACCGGGAUGGAAUUUCUCCAAUGGCAAUGGGCCCUUUUUCAUGCAGCCGUUGGUGCUGCUGUGCUUCCUCACUUUGCAGUUUGUUGCUGAGCGUACGCCCUGCAGCCGAACCUCCUAUGAGUCACUAUGCUUUAUACGAUGCACGCCUGCCUGUAUACCAUGCGUGUACAAUGCCCCUGUGCUCUACCCUUUACAUCUUUCAUGA